AAAAACACACCAAAGGGGGAAAGAAGACACUUGUCGACUCCAGCAAGCCCUUAAUCAGCGAAGAAGAAGGAAACGACACGCUUCAGCUCUCUUCUGCUCCCUCCCUUCUCUGCUCCAAAAGGAUAUCCGAAUACCCUUUGUGUUUUGGUACCAUGGGAUCUUACUUGAACUUCAAGAACUUUGCUGACACACCACAGCCGGAAAGCUACGGUGGGAAGUCAAUGUGUAAUGGUAAUUUCCCUUUGGCUAGGCAAUCUUCCAUAUAUUCCUUGACAUUUGAUGAGCUUCAAACUACAUUUAGUGGACUUGGAAAAGAUUUUGGAUCAAUGAAUAUGGAGGACCUCUUGAAAAACAUUUGGACAGCUGAAGAGUCUCAAGCUACGGCAUCUACUACUGGUAGUGUAGAUGGGAGUGUAGCUGCAGGAAAUUUGCAGAGACAAGGUUCUUUGACAUUACCUCGAACACUUAGUCAGAAAACAGUUGAUGAAGUAUGGAGAGUCUUUCAGAAAGAAACUGUUAGUGCCAAAGAGGGAAGUGACACUGGGAAUUCAAACUUUGGGCAGAGGCAAUCUACCUUGGGAGAAAUGACGUUGGAGGAGUUUUUGGUUAGAGUUGGAGUGGUUAGAGAAGAUAUGCAAUGUACAAACUCAAAUGGAAUUACAUUUGACAACGGUUCAAGUCAACACAGUAACAACAAUGGUUUGAACAUAGCAUUUCAGCAACCAACUCAAAACAAUGGACUGUUGAUCAAUCAAAUUGCAGCUAAUAACAUGUUGAAUGUGGUUGGUGCCACACCUUCACAGCAACAACCUCAGCACCAACAGCCUCUUUUUCCCAAGCAAACAACGGUGGCAUUUGCAUCGCCUAUGCAAUUAUCGAACAAUGGACACCUGGCUCCUGCUGUUGGAAUGUCCGGUCCUUCCGUAAAUACUAAUAUGGCUCAAGGCGGAGUUAGGGGGGUGACCGUAUUUCAUAAUGGAGUUUCACCAGCAAAAGGAGGAUCGCCUGGAAAUGACUUUGUUGCAAGGAGCAAUACAGAUACAUCAUCUCUUUCACCUUCCCCUUAUGCAUUUAAUGAAGGUGUAAGAGGUAGGAGAUCAGGCAGUUCUUUGGAAAAAGUUGUAGAGAGAAGGCGUAGGAGGAUGAUUAAGAACAGAGAGUCCGCAGCUAGAUCAAGGGCUCGGAAGCAGGCCUAUACUUUAGAGUUGGAAGCUGAAGUGGCAAAGCUAAAAGAAAUUAAUGAAGAGUUGCAGAAGAAACAGGCUGAAAUUAUGGAGAAGCAGAAAAAUCAGCUACUGGAAAAAAGGAAUAUGCCAUGCGGAUAUAAAUUAAGAUGCUUGAGAAGGACACUGACAGGACCUUGGUAGAAGAAUGAGAAGUUAAAAGCAAAAAUUCUUAGAGUUCAAGCUUAGGAACUAGUUAAAUAGGUGGAUGGAGUUGUGAGUUAUGAUCUGAUUCAGAUCUAUCUUCUUCACGUGUUUGGUAACUUUAUGUAUGGGGAGUGAGAUCGUGCCCGUGUAUGUACAUUAUGUAAACAAUCUGCUUGUAUGAAGUUUCUUCUUUUGUGUACUUUU